GGUGUCGCUUUAGAACAUAAGGAUUCUCGCGCACACAACGUUUUGAAGACGAGUCUUUGGGCAUAGUGAUGGAAGAUGGGGAAAGUCACGAGAGAUAGAAUGCCUCAUAGUAAUAAUUAACUAACCCGCUGAAGCAGUUGAACUGGAUACACCCGAAUUUGUGAUACGAUCUACGUACUAAACGGUCUGGGGCUCUGCCUCGCCUGCACUGUCAGCGUACCUUGGCUUUGAGUUCAUCGCCGGACGCAUCCCCGACAUCCAAACGGAGUAAGACUUGCCACGUGCCCGAUUGCAGAUCUCGGAUCUCGAUUGCGCAAGCGAUUUUUGGACGACUCGGUGGCGCAGGUGUACGUACCAUCACACUAGUACUGGCCAAAGUCUAAGUACUUUGCCAGAGUGCUUCACGGUCGGCACCGUAGUCUCCAGUGUCUCGUCACGGUUAUCUCUGUCUCGGAGUGUACUUGGCAGGGUUCCAACAUACUCAGGUUAUUUUUUGUCAUUACAGACCCUGAAUGCUACGCUUCUUAAAACCUUGGAGACAUCGUUCACUGUACUCGAAUCGCUUACGGCCUUUUCUUCACGCUCUUCACGGACGCCAAAUUUGUCGUUCUCAACCCUACGCAUCAGCUGCCUCGACGCCUGCUCUUGCUCCUUCUAUGGCCUCGUCUUUACAGCAGCCUCAGCGCCACGGCAACUUUGACCUUGUUAGGAAGUUCAAGCUGGACUUCGCAGACAUCGAAGUGUCUAAGUGGAAGAGCAGGGUCUCUGGUCUCAGCGUUGUGCAUUUGGAUUAUGAUGCUCCAAUCGUUAAUGGAUAUUUCGUCGUCGCAACAGAAAUAUUCGAUGACACCGGGUGUCCCCAUACACUGGAGCACCUUGUAUUCAUGGGCUCCGAGAAAUAUCCCUACAAAGGGAUCAUCGAUCAUUUCGCUAACAGAGGGUUCUCAAACGGCACAAACGCGUGGACAGAUACUGAUCACACGGCAUAUACUGUAUCGACUGCUGGAGAACAAGGCUUCCUGCAAAUUUUACCUAUCUAUGUCGACCACGUCCUGUAUCCGACCCUUACAAAGGCGGGUUUCGUAACUGAGGUACAUCACAUUAAUGGUAAUGGAGAAGAUUCCGGCGUCGUUUAUAGUGAGAUGCAAGGACGUGAAAAUACACCUGGCGACCUGAUGGCCCUCCGGAUGCAACGCUUGAUCAACCCGCCAGGGAGUGCAUAUCGUAGUGAGACCGGCGGUCUUAUGGAGGCACUCAGAGCUCUCACCAUUGAACAAAUUCGAAAAUACCACCAUACAUACUACGUUCCACAUAAUUUCACUCUGAUAGUCGCGGGGAAGCUUGCGUCAGGUACAGGAUCUCUCUUGGACGUUGUGCAGAACAAGGUUGAGCCUUCUGUUGUGGAGCACGAGCAAAACAAAGGCCCUAGACCUCUCGGCUGGAAGCGACCUUUCGUGGAAACGGACAGUGCUAGGAGGGGACCUAUACCUAGCAUCAUCAAGGAUGAUGUAGAAUUUCCAGAGCAAGACGAGAGCGUUGGCGAAGUUCAGAUUAAUUUCAUGGGCCCACCAUCAAAUGCAUUCUUAGAACGCAAGGCUAUUGAAAUCCUCGGCACCUAUCUCACUUCAUCUCCUGUGGCUCCUCUCAAUAAGGAGUUUAUUGAGAUCGAUACUCCUCUCUGUACAUACAUCUACUUCUCUGAGAACACCGCUGCUACACUUUGCGACAUCCCCAUCUACAUCAGCUCAAUACCAACCGAGCAUCUCGAUGACUUCGAUCUCAAGCUCCGGGCUAGCCUACAAAGAAUCGCCGGCGAGGGCAUCGACAUGGAUCGCAUGACAAUGAUUCUGAAUCGUGACGAGCGUCAGCUCCUAUCCAAAUUGGAAUCUGCGCAAGGAGAUGCAUUCUCGGGCACGGUCAUUACCGACUUCCUAUAUGGUGCAGAAGAUGGCUCCGAGCUUUCCACAUCUGUCGACGAGAUCAGCCAAUACAACGAACUCAGAAAGUGGGGCAGCAAGGAAUGGGCUGGUUUGAUCAAGAAAUACUUCCUUGAUACCAACUAUGUGGUUGUGCGAGGAAAGCCUUCGGCAUCCAUGGCCGAGCGACUUGAGGCCGAAGAGAAGGCUCGUAUUGCUGCGCAGAAGGAGCGUCUUGGUCCAGAAGGUCUCGCCAAGGUAGAGGAAGAGCUGCAAGCCGCUAAGAAGGAACACGAGAAGGAGAUUCCUAAAGAGCUCCUGAAGAGCUUCCCCGUUCCUGAUGUAAAGAGCAUCUCAUGGAUACCCGUGCAGAGCGUUCAGAAGCCUGGGCAAGGCCGUACCGGUAGGAAGGAUCAAGUUGGCAACACUGAGCUCAUCAAGCAUGUGGAGGCGGAUGGCUCGGAACUGCCGUUCUUCCUCCAGUUGGAUAGCGUUCAUUCCGAAUUCGUUACUGUUGCUGCCUACUUGUCUCUUACAACGUUGCCUGAUAAUCUCAGACCAUACAUACUCACAUAUUUGUCCGCGUUCUUCUCACUUCCUGUGACGCGGGCAUCUGGAGAACAUCUAUCGCAUGAAGAAGUUGUCCACAAGCUUGACGACGAUACCGUCCAUUACCAAGCCAGCCUGGGUGUCAAUGACAUCUUUAGCGAAACGCUGCGGGUGGGUAUCAAAGUGAACGCUGCCAACUACGAGACCGCUAUCGCUUGGCUUCGGGACCUCAUAUACGGCGGGGAGUUCACUAAAGAGCGAUUACAAGUCAACAUUGCCAAGAUGCAACAGUCUCUCCCUGAGAUGAGACGUGACGGCAGCACAGUUUUGAGCUCUGUGUCGGCGAACUUGCUGUACGAUGAGAGCUCAACCUCUCGUGCCGGCGGUAUUCUUCCUCAAUCAGACUUCAUCCCUCGGUUGGCAGAGGAGCUACAAAAUUCUCCGGAUAAAGUGAUUAAAGACUUCGAGGCCAUCCGCGAGCAUAUGACGACACCGUCUGGAAUCCGCUUUUCAGUUACCGGUAAUGUGCUUAAGUUGGAGCAGCCACGCAGCCCAUGGGCCAAGCACUUCCAGAACUUGCUACCGCAAGGUCCAUUAGCGCCUAUACCAUACGCUCAUGAAACUCUCAGUACACUCGGCAAACAGCCAUCGAAGAAGGCUGUGGUUGUCAGUUUGCCUAGUAUUGAGAGUUCUUAUGUCACGCAUUCUACGAAGGGUUUGCAAGGGUUCGAUCAUCCUGAUUACCCUGCCCUACGCGUGACGAGUGAGGUUUUGAAUGCAACAGAAAGCUAUCUCUGGCGGUACAUUCGGGGUUCCGGUCUCGCAUAUGGUGCAUACGUUUCAACAGACUUAGAGGCCGGCUUGCUUAGUUUCUCUCUUUACCGAAGCUCUAAUAGUUUGGAAGCCUUUAACCAGGCCAGAUCUGUGUUGCAAGGUCUCGUAGACGGCACUAUCGAGCUCGAUGAUACCACUUUGGAUGCAGCGAAGAGCAGCAUUGUUUUUGGUGUCGCCAAGGGAGCUUCUUCACCGGGGCGAGCUGGCCUUCUAUCAUUCAUCAAUCAAGCGCUGAAGGGGGUACCUCAAAACUUCAAUGUUGAAUUGCUUGAGAGAUUCCAAGCCGUCACGAAAGAGGAUGUCCUCACUUCCCUGAAGCAGCAUUUCCUCCCUCUCUUCGAUCCAUCGUCUUCCGUUGCCGUCGUGGUCACCGCACCCGCUAAGGCCGCCGAAAUUAAUGAAGGUCUCACAAAAGCGGGCUUCGAUGUUGAGCAGCGAACUCUGGAUGUGGGCGUCGAUGACUCGGAGUAUGAGAGUGCGAGUGGAAGCGAGUGCGACAGCGACGAGUGUCACCAUUAGACAUAGAGUAUCUCGAUAGGAGACAAGCAUACAGAAUAACACUCGCUCCGCCUGAAAUGACUAUGAGAUUGCAUGAAAUGCCAAGGACACUCUCGACAUGUCAAGGUUGGGAUAUAUGUAGUACCAGCUGACCUUCUUCAUGCUGAAGGGAUUUAUUGUUGGAGGGAAUUACAAAGUUCCUCUUUGGUAUGAAGCAGAUCUAUACACUCGGUGUAGCUUGGGUCAUUUUUUGAGCUCAUGGCAUCAAUACUACCUUUCGUACCGCUGGUUUCCCUGUGAGUAUUUGCAUUGAUACGCCAAAGACAGGUAACGCAGGUAUAGCGAAGGAAAGAAACAAAGUGGGAUAGU